AUGAGUCUAGAUCAGUGCCAAGAUUUGUGCCGGAAAAAUUGUUCAUGCCUGGCUUAUUCCGAUGCGAAUAUUACCGAUGGUGGCUCGGGAUGUGUAAUUUGGACGACUGCUCUUGUUGAUAUGAGGCAAUAUGCAGCGGCGGAGGGUGGCCAAGAUCUUCACGUUCGGGCAGCGGCUUCUGUUGUAGAACAAGCAGGAGCAACAGGAAAUGAUUCCAAUAGGACACAAAAAAUUAUCAAGGUUGCUGGCAUCACGGUUGGCAUUGGCGUUGUUCUGGCUGGAUUCUGCAUUUUCUUCAUCUGGAAGAGGAUGAAAUCGCGUACUGAGAUAUGGAAUAGGACGGAGUAUAGAGGUUCAAGGGAAAGAAGUCAAGAUUUUCUGAUGAAUGCACCAGCUAUCCUCAACAAAAGAGACUUUUCAGGUGAAAGUACAGUGGAUGAAGUGGAUUUACCAUUAUAUGAUUUCAGUACCAUAGUAAUGGCUACUGAUAAAUUUUCCGAUGCUAAUAAGCUUGGACAAGGUGGUUUUGGUUGUGUUUAUAAGGGUAUAUUGGUGGAAGGCCAGGAAAUAGCAGUGAAGAGGCUUUCGAAAAAUUCUGGCCAAGGAAUAGAGGAAUUUAAAAAUGAGAUGAAGUUGAUUGCAAGACUUCAGCACAGAAAUCUUGUUCGUUUGCUCGGUUGCUGCGUUGAUAUGGAGGAGAAGAUGUUGGUAUACGAGUACAUGGAAAACAAAAGCCUGGAUUCAAUUUUGUUCAAGAAAGAGAAAAGUUCAUUGCUCGACUGGAAAAGGAGAAUUUUUGGGGGAGAUCAGACUGAAGCGAAUACAAAAAGAGUAGUCGGAACAUAUGGUUACAUGUCACCUGAAUAUGCAAUGGAUGGCCUAUUCUCUAUGAAAUCGGAUGUUUUCAGUUUCGGAGUUCUAGUAUUAGAAAUAGUGAGUGGCAAGAAGAACAGAGGAUUUUAUCAUACAAAUAACCAACUUAAUCUUCUUGCGCAUGCAUGGAGGCUAUGGAGAGAAGGAAGAGGUAUGGAACUAAUGGAUUCAGCAGCUGGUGAAUCAUAUUCCUCAAGUGAGGUAUUGAGGUGCAUACAAGUUGGCCUCUUGUGCGUGCAGGAACAAGCUGAAGAUAGACCUAACAUGGACACUGUCGUUUUGAUGUUAAGUAGCGAUACUGCAUCAAUGUCCCAACCUAAGAACCCAGGAUUUUGCUUGGGAAGAAGACCUGUUGAUACAGAAUCAUCGUCAAGUAAACAGGACGAAUCCUGCACCGUGAACCAAGUUACAGUUACCAUUCUAGAUGGUCGGUAG